ACAGAGAGACACUUCCGGAAAACAAAGCAACAUGGCCGGCGAAGUCGUUGUUGAUGCUCUACCAUAUUACGACCAAGGCUAUGACGAAACCGGUGUCAGAGAAGCUGCUAUGGCUUUAGUGGAAGAAGAAACAAGAAGAUACAGACCAACAAAGAAUUACUUGGAAUAUUUACCAACUACAAAUUUGUCCAAUUUUGAGACUGAAAUAAUGAAGAAUGAGUUUGAAAGACUUCAAUCCCGACUGCCUAUGGAUAUGUUAAGCAUGAAGAGGUAUGAAUUACCACAGCCUUCAGCGGGAAAGAUGACUGAUGUGUCCGCCUGGACAGAAUGUGUGGAAAAUUCUCAAGCUCAGUUGGAACAUCAGAGUCUCAGGAUUUUGAAUUUGGAGCUUAUGGCAGAAUUUGGAUCCCAUACGUGGAAGAGCUACAAUAAUAUUCUUGUACAAAUGUUAGACUCUGCUCAGAGACAUUUACAGGAUCUGAGGAAAAAAAUACAGGAGAUUAAUUGGCAGAGGAAAAAUGAGCAGUCCCAUGCUGGGAAAGAACUAAAAGAGCUGGAAGCAAGCUGGGUUGGGCUCGUCAGUAAGAACUAUGAAAUUGAGAGAGCCUGUGUUGAACUUGAAAAGGAAAUUGCUGACAUGGAAAAAAGAAACAAAAGCAAAAAGGCAAAAAGAUGAAAAAAGUCCUACAAAAUUAGACAUGGAUUUGCAGUAGAAGUGAAACAAUGGAUGUGUGACUGAUGUCAAUAUGUCUACAAACAAUAACAACAGCAUUACAGGGAAAAAAAUGAAUUUGGCCAUUAGUGAACAGCAAACUAUAAUGGACUGAUGGGAAGUUGUCGAUGACCAUACUGUAGAAGUGUUAAGGACAUGUAUAACAUGUCACUGUCGUGUCGUUGUACUUUUCUGUCAAGCUGUAAUGUCCUUGUGUUUCCCUUGGCUUUUUAGUUGUCUAAAUUUUAAGAAAAAAGCACCAUUACAGUAUAUUUCUUAUACCGCAAUAAAUUCUGUUCAAUAUGUUAAAACAUCUCAACAAAUGAUGAAAGUACAGGUAAUAAAAAAAAUGCUUGUAGGGCUAAAACAGAAAUGAUUGAGAAUAAAUAAUGUAUUUAAUUGGAAAACGAAACUACCAAUAGAUGAAAUGAAGUCCAAUAAUUCAAUGAAAGAGAUUUGUUUCAUGUAAUGUUGAUAAGCCUUAAUGUUUGAGUAUUUAAAAAAAAUGGAAACUUGGACAUUAGAAGGACAAUAGGUGUUUGAAACAAACUAUUUAUAGAUGCAGAAAGGAAGAGAUUGACUGUCACAGUAGUUCAUUGUCUUGACUGUACCUGUAGUACAAGACUAGAGAUUUGUCUACUUUAGACAACCAGUCCAAUAUCAAACAGUGUCUGUUAAAGGUGUUAAGUGUCAUCAUGUGAAUUAAACCCAUAUAUUCAUUUUUAAAAGCAUUCACCAUAACACACAAAAUGUCAUUUUAACAUUAAUUUUCGACCCAUGUGUUCCUCAUUUUGUAGCAAAUUACUUUUAUGUGAAACUUUUGUGUAAAUAAAUAUUUUGAUAAUAAAAAAUGUCAGUAUAAAAUC